UUGUUUCAACAGUAAAUUUAGAUUUCAAGUUUGUCUCUGCAGCAGAAUAUUGUUCCCAAAAUAAUUAAAAUUAUUCCAAGAAAACGAUUGCAAACAUGGAUUAUCUCGAGGAACAGAAAGGUGAAAUAGAGGCAUUAGAAUCAAUAUAUUAUGGUGAUGUUCAAAUAUUAUCUGAAACUCCAUACCACAAGUUUUCAAUUCCUAUUAAAACAGAAGAGUAUGAUGCAGAAUUACAAAGUGGUUUGUUUUGUAAUUUAAUUUUUACAUACACUGCAAAGUACCCCGAAGAAGCACCGCUAAUUGAAAUAGAGGACCCUGAAAACUUUGAGGAAAACUAUGAGUCUGAACUUCUGGCAUUCCUUGAUGAACAAGUGAAAGAAAAUGUUGGAAUGGUGAUGGUAUUUACUAUAGUGUCAUCAGCGCAAGAAUGGCUUAAUCAAAAAUAUGAAACAGUGAAAAAGGAACAAGAGGAAAGUGCUGCUAAAAAAAUUAAGGAAGAAGAGGAGGCUGAAAGGAAACGUUUUGAAGGCACUAGAGUUACUGUAGAAUCUUUCCUUAAAUGGAAACAACAAUUUGAGGAUGAAAUGGGUAUAACAAAGAAAAAGGAGCAAAUUGAAAAAGAAGGCAAAAAACUUACAGGAAGAGAAUUGUUCAUGACUGAUAAUACUUUGAAUGAAUCUGAUCUUAAAUUUUUGGAUGAAGGAGAUGCUGUAAAAGUUGAUGAAUCGCUAUUCCAGGAUAUUGAGGAUUUGGAUAUUGAUGAUGAUGAUGAUGAUGAUGAUAGUUAUGUUCCAUCAGACACCAAUUCAUCAGAUGGUUGUGAUUAACUUUGGAAAAUUAUACUUUUGUAUCAAUAUUUAUUUUCAGUUCUAAAUGUGUUUUUUUUAAUAAAUUUCCCGUUUGUGUUUAAUAA